GGUGGACUGCUCUUGAGAAAGGGUUUGAGGAGGUGGAGGUUUCGCGCAGGCGCCGUUGGGGCGGGAGGGCCUUGAGCUUUUGCAGCCGAUCGGAAGCUGGCUGCAAAGAGGCGAGGACUGCUGGGCUCAGGGAGUUGGCGACUGAGUGUGUGAUUGAGUUGUCAACGGUCAUUUUCUUGCUUAUGCAAGGAUUAGCUGGACCUUGCCCUCCGGAGUCGGUUAACAAGCUGCGAAAAUGCUUGCGGAGCGCUCCCUCGCCGGCGGCUAGGAAUGCUUGACUGCAUUCAAAACAGCACUCUUGGUCGCUUGGCUGUCGCCGGAGAAGUCUCCCCCUGGAUCGUAGUCACCAUUCAGUGUGAAAACCUACACCGAAGUUCACAAUGGUCCGUAGUGGGAAAAAUGGUGACCUCCAUCUUAAGCAGAUUGCAUAUUACAAACGAACAGGUGAAUAUCAUCCAACUACACUGUCGAGUGAGAGGAGCGGCAUAAGACGAGCAGCAAAGAAAUUUGUCUUCAAAGAAAAAAAGCUGUUUUAUGUUGGAAAAGACAGAAAACAAAAUCGUUUGGUAGUUGUUUCAGAAGAGGAAAAAAAGAAAGUCCUAAGAGAGUGCCAUGAAAAUGGCACUGGUGUUCAUCAUGGCAUAUCCAGAACUCUCACUCUGGUGGAGUCCAGUUACUACUGGACUUCUGUGACCAAUGAUGUCAAACAGUGGGUAUAUGCUUGUCAGCAUUGCCAAGUAGCAAAAAAUACAGUUGUGGUGGCACCUCAGCAGCACCUUCUCACGGUGGGAAACCCGUGGAGUGUAGUUACUGUGGAUCUGAUGGGACCUUUCCAUACCAGCGACAGGAGUCAUGUGUAUGCUAUAAUCGUGACUGAUUUGUUCACAAAAUGGGUUAUGAUUUUGCCUUUAUGUGAUGUCUCGGCAUCAGAAAUUUCUAAAGCUAUUAUCAAUAUAUUUUUCUUAUAUGGACCUCCUCAGAAAAUAAUAAUGGACCAAAGAGAUGAAUUCAUUGAACAGAUCAAUACAGAACUGUAUAGAUUGUUUGGUACAAAGCAGAUUGUCAUUUCUCAUGCUUCUGGAAGUGUUAAUCCAUCGGAAAGUACACCUAGCACAAUCAAAGGCUUUCUCUCCAAACACUGUGCCGACCACCCAAACACCUGGGACGAGCAUUUGCCUGCGCUUUCCUUUGCCUUCAAUGUGACGCACUCAGAGCCUACUAAAAACACGCCGUAUUUCCAAAUGUUCAACCGGAAUCCCUGUCUGCUGGAGUGGCCUCCCGAAGUGGGUGGGGAAAAUACAAGCGUGUUUGCCAGAAUUGUAGCUGCAGUUAGAGAGGCUGAUGUGGUAUUGGAGGACAAGACACCGUCAGCUGGCCAGAUGGAGAACAGCAAUUUGGAUGAACUAAACAAAACCAAGACUGUUAAAAAGAAGCCAAAGCAGUUAAAUCCGUUUCAUUUAAAAGUGGGUCACGAGGUUCUACGUCAGAGGAAGAACUGGUGGAAAGACGGCCGUUUCCAGUCGGAAUGGGUUGGCCCUUGUGUCAUAGACUACAUCACCGAGAGUGGAUGUGCUGUCCUGAGGGACAACACGGGCACCAGACUGAAGAGGCCCAUCAAAAUGUCCCACCUGCGGCCUUACGUGAGGGAGCCCGCUGAGCAAGACAGUCUUUAUCUCUUGCAAGGUUCGAUAGUAGCAGAUCACGACUACAUUGGAUUACCUGAAAUCUCAGUUGGAGCAUACCAGGCAAAUAUUCUGGUAGAAGAUGCAACUAUUGGUGUAGCCGAUAAUGAAUUAUUGGCAUCAAGCAAGGAUCAUGAACUCUUGGAAUAUAGAAAUUCCAAAAUCUCUGCAUUGGUAGAAGAUCCCAAUUCUCUUGAGAAACAGACUUUCAGUCUAUUGGAUUCUUCAAAUCAAGUUCUUGAGUACUUAAGUUAGUAAAUACCAAAAUUAAUUUAAAAUGCUUGCUUAGAAUGUAUAUAUUCCUAGAUUAUAAGCACUUUAUUAAAAUAGGUUGUAUAGAAGAAUUAUCUUAGUACAAUAUUAACUAAAUUCUAAAGGCUUAUUUUAAACCUAUGUAAAGUUGUGACACAUUUGAAUACAUAUAAAUAUAUGUAACAGAAGUAUCUCAUGCAUAGAAUUCAGAAAUGUCUCAGAGAACAGAUAAAAUCCAUUCGCUUCUUUGGAAAUAAAUUCUAGUAGAACAUUCUCAAAGCUUUUUCUAGUAUUGGUACUACAUUUUCUGUUCUAAUAUUUUUCAGGAAUAUCUUCCCCUUUGAAAUAAAUUUAAACUACUUAUGGUUUAGUUAAUAAAUAUUGAGUGAAUAAUAACAUGAAUGAAAUGAAACAUUUUUUUCUGUGAUAUUGGAACUUUUUAAAUUUGCAUUUAUGUAUAUACGUGUGAGAGUGUGUGUGUGUGUGUGUGUGUGUGUGUGUGUGUGUGUGUGUGUGUACGUGUGUUUCUGUCUAUGGCUUUGUACAUGCGAGUGCAGUGCCUGUAAAGGCUAGAAAAAGGUGGCGGAUACUCUGAAGCUGAAGAUUCAGAUGGUUGUGAGGCAACCAGUGUGAGAACUGGGGACCAAACGUGGACCUGUUGCAUCAGCAGAAUAUACUGUAGCUAAAAGGCAAGUGACUCUCAGGGAAAGAACUAAGUCUCUGGCCUCAUAAUACAGACCAAAGAAAUUGCAGAUAGAAUUCUAGAAAGAAACUGCUUAAAAAAAAAAAAGGUGUGGUUGUAUUAAUUAGCCUUAUCCUGCUCUCCUGAGUUCAUGAAGGGAUCCUGCUGCAGUGCCUACAUGGUAGAUAAAGUGAUCAUGUCCUUUAUCUUCUCAAUGAAGUCACUUUCUUCUGUUUCUUUUAGAGAUCAUCUGACUUGAAAUUGGCCUAUUUUACUUGUUCUAUUUAAGGAGGCCAGUUCGCAUUCAGAUUCAUUUCUGAGUUGCAGAUUCUGAACAGUUAAAAAUAAAGUCUUCCUUUCCUAAGUAAUUUCUCAUCAGAUUUUUGUUAUGUGUGUAUGAGUCAUAUCAGGCUACAUUGUUCUUUGUGCAAAUUAUCCCCAAAUCUUAGUGGCUUAAAACAAUAAAGCUUCUUCCUUGGCCA